CCGGAGGGAAGAUGUUUGGUGUCAUCUCAGCGCCCUACCCUACCUAAUCAGCUGUUGCGCAGAGACGCUAACGUUUGGUCGCUCUAGGAGUGCGCAGACGCCUCGGGUUGCGAUUGAGGCUUUUGCGUGGGGGUGAGUCUGGCCACUGGUUCCAGGAAGUUUGGAGUGGGGAGUCAAGGCCAUGGCGUCUCCCGGCUGCGAGUGUGACUUAAUGAAAAGGGGUUGGUGACAUUCGUGGAUGUGGCCAUAGACUUCUCUAAGGAAGAAUGGGAAUGCCUGGGCCCUGCUCAGAGAGAUUUAUACAGAGAUGUGAUGCUGGAGAACUACAGCAGCUUUGUAUCACUGGGUCUUGCCAUUUUGAAGCCAUCAGUGAUUUCUCUUUUAGAACAGGGGAAAGAGCCGUGGAUGGUUGAGAAAGCAGGAUGGUAUCCAGAUUUGCUUACUAGGUAUGAGACUAAGAAUGGCAUUUUUGAAAAGGAAUCAUUAAAAUGGAAAAUAAUGGCAAGAGUCAGAAAUUCUGGCCUUGAGGAAUCUUUUUUUGGAAAUAAGUGGAAAAUCAAGGGACACUUUGAGAGAAAACAGGAAAGUAAAGAGGAAUAUUUCAGGCAUGUGACAGUCCCAUUUGAAAAAAUAUCAGAUGAAUUCAUCCAGCCUGCCUCUCUUGUUCUAAAUCAAAUAAUUCAUACUGGAAAGAAACUCUAUGAAUCUAAACAGCAUGAAAACCUUUCUCAACAGGUAAGAAUUUAUACCAGUGACAAACUUGAUGAAAUAUGUGGGAAGGCCUUUGUAUUUUACACAAAUCAUAUGAAACAUCAGCAAAGUCUUCCUGGAAAGAAAUGUGAUGAAUUUAAGGAAUGUGGCAGAGACUUUGCUUAUGACUCCCAACUUACUCAAUAUCAAAUAAAUCAUACUAAUGAAAAACCCUAUGAAUGUCAGAUGUGUGGAAAGACCUUUAGAAAGCAUGCCCAUCUUACACAACAUAAUCGAAUUCACACUGGUGAGAAACCAUAUGAGUGCAAAGAAUGUGGGAAAGCUUUUGUCUGUUGUUCAACAUUGAUUCAACACAAGAGAACUCAUACUAAUGAGAAACCCUAUGAAUGUCUGGAAUGUAGAAAGACUUUUAGGCGACGUGCACAUCUUACUCGACAUCACAGAAUUCAUACUGGUGAGAAACCAUAUGAAUGUAAAGAAUGUGGGAAGGCCUUUGCUUCUGUCUCUGACUUUAAUAGACAUCAGAAAGUUCACAAUGGUGAGAGACCUUAUGAAUGUAAAGAAUGUGGGAAGGCAUUUAAUAGUCACUCAACUCUAGUUCACCAUCAAAGAAUUCACACUGGUGAAAAGCCCUUUGAAUGUAAGGAAUGUGGCAAGGCAUUUAAUAAUUGCUCAACACUUACUCAACACCAGCGAACUCAUACUAAUGAGAAACCUUAUGAAUGUGAGGAAUGUAGGAAGGCUUUUAGGCAAAGUGCACAUCUUACUCGACAUCAAAGAAUUCAUACUGGUGAGAAACCAUAUGAAUGUAAGGAAUGUGGGAAGGUCUUUACUUGUGUUUCUGACUUUAAUAGACAUCAUAGAAUUCACACUCGUGAGAAACCCUAUGAAUGUAAAGAAUGUGGGAAAUCUUUUAAUAAUUGCUCAACUCUUAUUCAACACCAGAGAAUUCACACUGGUGAGAAACCAUAUGGAUGUAAGCAGUGUGGGAAGGCCUUUAUUUCUUGUUCAACAUUUUUUCAACAUCAGAGAAUACAUACUAAUGAGAAACCCUAUGAAUGUGAGGAAUGCAAGAAGGCCUUUAGGCAGAGUGCUCAUCUGACUAGACAUCUAAGAGUUCACAGUGGUGAGAAACCCUAUGAAUGUCAUGAAUGUGGGAAGGCUUUCACUUGUUUUUCUGAUUUUGAUAGACAUCAGAGGACUCACAAAGGUGAGAAACCCUAUGAGUGUAAAGAAUGUGGGAAAGUCUUUAAUAAUUGCUCAACUCUUAAUCAACAUCAGAGAAUUCAUACCGGUGUGAAACCCUAUGAAUGUAAGGAGUGUGGAAAGACAUUUACUUGGCUUUCAAACUUGAAUAAACAUCAGAAAAUUCACACUGGUGAAAAACCCUAUGAAUGUAAAGAUUGUGAAAAGGCUUUUCUGUGUUAUUCAACAUUUAUUCAACACCAGAGAACUCAUACUAAUGAGAAACCUUAUGAAUGUCAGGAAUGUAGGAAGGCCUUUAGGCAGAGAGCCCAUCUUACUCAACAUCAAAGAAUUCAUACUGGUGAGAAACCAUAUGAAUGUAAAGAAUGUGGGAAAGCCUUCGCUUGUGUUUCCUACUUUAACAGACAUCAGAGAAUUCACACUGGUGAGAAACCCUAUGAGUGUAAAGAAUGUAGAAAGUCCUUUAUUGAUUGUUCAACUCUUAUUCAACAUCAGAGAAUUCACACUGGUGAGAAACCCUUUGAAUGUCAGGAGUGUAGGAAAGCCUUUAGACAGAGGGCACAUCUUACUCAACAUCAAAGAAUUCAUACUGGUGAGAGACCCUAUGAAUGUAAGCAAUGUGGGAAGACCUUUACUUGUCUUUCACAGGUGAAAAAGCACCAGCGAAUACACACAUGAGAUGAGAAAUCCUAUGUAUUUGAAUAUUGUCCUUUAUUUAUUUAACAGUGCUUACUCAAGAUCACCAAAUUCAU